AUUACCACCAUUACCACCAUUACCACCAUUACCACAAUUAUCACAUUUCCUACCCAAAAAAAAUCAACAAAUCAACAACUACUACCGGUAUCUACCACCUACUAGGUACACGGACGACGCAUGGGAACUUAGAUCUGAACCAUCCAAUUCCAAUCAACAAAAUCACUCUGGUCUCGGAAAACGAUCAGCUCACUGGGAACGAAAAAGGGUGUCACUUCUCAACUCAACUCUAUCUUCUUCACAGUCAUCCACCGUUUUUUCAAUCAUCGAAGCGCCAACAUCAGCACCAACAUCAACACCACCAUCAGCACCACCGUCAGCAUCAAUUGGGUCUACAGGAAUAAAGCCUGACUGUGCCUUAUCCGCCCUCCCUCCCUACCUCCCUAGUCCUCAUUUUAUACGACCACAACCUCGUCAACGACCACGACCAUUAUUUAGUCCCAAGAUCCACCUUCAAAGGUCAAGUUUCGAAUCAUCAAUCCCCCCCAUACAUUGUUUGUCAACUUGAUAAUACAAAACAUGGCUCCAAACGAUUAUAACCUUUAUACAACAAAACGAGCGGCGCGACAAGAAGCAUGGCAUGGUCCAGGAACAGAAUGGAAUCCUUUUUCGAAAACCACUCGACGGAGCAGUACCUUUCCCGCUCAAGUUCCCGAUGAAGAAGCUUUGAGAGGAUUAGAAGAACCUGCAUUAAGAACGAUAAAUACCGAGAAUGGUCCACGAUCAUCAGCGAGCCAAGCACCAUUUUUUAAUUCACAGAAUGCUGGCACGGCAAUGGAAAUGCAAGAUUUAGAAAAGUCGGCGACAAAUAAUGGUGGACGUCCUAGCGAUCCAAGUACCGAAGCAACAAUUGUUGGAAGACAAUCAUCGAGGCAACCGAGUGUGGAGGAAAAAGCACGACGGAGAUUCCUGAGCAGAUUUACCAAGAAGGGUAGGGAAGAAGUCGAUGGUGAAGAGAAAAAGAAGAAAGGCGGAAUCUUUCGAGGAAAGGAUAUAAAACACGCGCCCUUCACCCUGAGGAGUCAAUUGCAGAAUACCAUUUUCAAUUCCUGGAUCAACGUCUUACUUAUCGCUGCACCAGUCGGUAUCGUACUCAAUUAUGUUGGUGGGGUAAAUGGAAUUGUUAUUUUCGUGGUCAAUUUUCUUGCCAUCAUACCACUGGCAGCGAUGUUGGGUUUUGCCACUGAAGAAAUUGCUCUUCAUGUGGGUGAAAGUUUAGGAGGUUUAUUAAAUGCUUCUUUUGGAAAUGCCGUCGAGAUGAUUGUCGCUAUUAUUGCCUUGGCCAAAGGAGAAGUUCUCAUUGUUCAAACUUCUUUGGUUGGUAGUAUUUUAUCCAAUUUAUUACUCGUCAUGGGAAUGUGUUUCUUCUUUGGAGGACUUCGAAGAGAGGAACAAUUCUUUAACCAAACCGUUGCUCAAACCGCUGCAAGUUUAUUGGCCUUAGCUAUUGCUAGUGUCAUUGUUCCAACCACCUUUGAUUUAUGGAGUGAAACAACCGAUGCUCCAAUUGCAGCUAUUUCACGUGGUACUUCGGUCAUUCUUUUGGUGGUAUACAUCGGUUAUCUUUACUUUCAAUUACAUACUCAUUCUACCAUGUUCAAUGAGGAAAGUCAAAAGGUACCAAUGAAACCACGCAAACACGCUCUACCACACGGUGCAAUUGCAAAGGGUUUGGCCAAGGCUGGAGGAAUUGGAGCAGGACCUGGUCGAGCAAAUAUUGCCGAGAGACCACCUAACGAUGAACUGAUCAACCCAAACGCACACGAGGAAGAUGAAGAGGAAGAAGGUGAAGAAGCACAAUUACACAUCUUGGUUGCGUGGGCGACUCUUGCAAUUUGUACUGCUAUCAUUGGACUUUGUGCAGAAUUCAUGGUUGAUAGUAUCAGUGCAAUUACUAAAGGUGGUGCUAUCUCUGAAGAAUUUGUUGGUCUUAUCCUUUUACCUAUCGUUGGAAAUGCUGCAGAGCAUGCUACUGCUGUAACUGUUGCUUGCAAGGAUAAAAUGGAUCUUGCAAUUGGUGUAGCUGUUGGAUCCAGUAUGCAAGUUGCUUUAUUCCUCAUUCCUUUACUGGUUGUUAUCGGAUGGAUCAUGGGCAAUGAUGCUAUGAACUUGAGUUUCGAUGGUUUCCAAGUUGCUGUCUUAUUUGUGGCUAUUUUACUAGUCAAUUAUUUGAUUGGUGAUGGUAAAAGUCAUUGGUUGGAAGGAAUGCUUUUACAAUGUCUUUACAUAAUUAUUGCAGUAUGUGCUUGGUAUUACCCAGCAACAGGUGCUGUAUAAAUCAAAAACAUCGAAAAAUCAAAAUACGUUUAGCUCAAUUUGGAGUUAAUACUUCUUUCCUAUAUUGAAGUCUGACGUCAUUUUCGACGUCUAUUAGCAUUUCGAAGCUCAAAUCGGCGAAGAUAUAUCAUCUCGAGGAUUCUACUUUUUUUCAGAAUCAAAAAUCAAUUACAGUUCAUAUUCGACCUCGAGUUUUCAGUGUAUACACACGCAUACACAAUUCAAUAUUUAAUGUUUAUGUCAUUCUUUUUAUCGCUUCUUUUCAUAUCUUUCAAUGCCGAUUGUAUAAAUAUGAAUACCACUUUUUCACGCUUGCUGUA